AUGCAUCAAGCUUUACUUGUUCCCGAAGUCCUUCUGGAGAUAUUCGCCUAUGUGAAGAUAAUACCAUCUACAACACCGGAGAAAUUGCUUGCAGCGCUUGCAAGGACAUGCAAAAUCUUCCAUGAGCCUGCGAUGGAUUUGUUGUGGAUUGAAAUCCAUGGGUUAGAACCACUGCUAGGCUGUGUAGUGAGGCUACAUCCACUGAUAUAUCAUAGUGGUACAAGGUGGCACAACUCGAACAGGCCCUGGGCGAAAGGUGUCGAGCCAUUAUCUGCCCAUGAGACCCAUCAAUUUCUGCGUCACUCCUCUCGUAUACGCACAUUGGACAUACAAUCUGAACAUCCACACCUUCUCUCUGUCAUCCCCGCCGAGGCAUACAUAUUUCCGAAGCUGAAGUCAUUAAGCCUUUCCACCAUAUAUUUGAACCUCUUUCUGCCUCCCAUGCUGCACCGAUGUCAUCUAUUGAGCGUCGAUGAGGGUCUGCAAUCUUUCGUGACACAUUGCAUUGCUCUGGAGCAUCUAUGCAUCUACGCUCCUGAAAUAUGCAAUGGUGACAGCACAGCAAAUGAACUGUCCCUGCUAUCCGAUAGGAUUCAUUGGUGCACGCAGCUUGUAACUCUUUCUUGUCCAAUGCUCGACUGGGCAACAUGGAAGCACCUCUCCUCCCUCCCUACUCUUCUCGAAUUGAGAAUUGAUUGAGGAUGUAAUGGCCCUCCUUCGCUGUCAAACCGAGAUAUCGUGAAUCUAUCAUUCCUUAACAUCACAAGCCUUUGCUUUGAAGAGCUCUACGAUGCUAAAGACUUCAU